GAGAGAGGUCUGCAAAAAGCUCAGUGCUUAAUUUCUUCGUUCUUUUCUGUAAGGGCGGCAAAUUGGUGCGCAGUUUUUUGUUUUUUAAUAUCCUAUAUAUCUUUUAAACUUGGGAGAGCGAUUCCUAGUUCCCUUAGCCAUUGCUUUGCUGCCUCGGCUGUUGGACAAGCAAAAUCGACUGGCUGAACAUCGUGGGCUGAAUUUGCUCUAUGUCUGUGUGGGAUCCACAAAGGGCAUGGGACCCAGAAGUUUUGAACCAAUGAAAAGUGGGGACAGCAGACAGAGAUACAUAUAUAAAUCUGGCUAUUGCAAAUAUCAAAAAGCCCUAGGAUUUGGCUCUGUACUUUAUAAGUCCUUCUUCCAUGGGGGCCUGCUGGUGUGGCAGUUCCUGCAGCUCACACUGUGGGGCCGGCACUGGGGGACUGGAUCAUCAAGCCGUCUGUUGACCAGGGGGACUCUCAUGUGUGUGGACCAAGGGCUCAAAGCUUGGGGGUUACUAAUGCUUGGCCUUUCUGUGGCCUUUGCAGAUAUUGAUGAAUGCCGGACCAUCCCCGAGGCCUGCCGAGGCGACAUGAUGUGUGUCAACCAGAAUGGCGGGUAUUUAUGUAUCCCCCGAACAAACCCGGUGUACCGAGGGCCCUACUCGAAUCCCUAUUCGACCCCCUACUCGGGUCCCUACCCAGCGGCUGCCCCACCGGUAUCAGCUUCAAACUACCCCACGAUUUCGAGGCCUCUCGUGUGCCGCUUUGGAUACCAGAUGGACGAAGGCAACCAGUGUGUGGAUGUGGACGAGUGUGCAACAGAUUCCCACCAGUGCAACCCGACGCAGAUCUGCAUCAACACGGAGGGAGGGUACACCUGCUCUUGCACGGAUGGCUACUGGCUGCUGGAAGGCCAGUGCUUAGACAUUGAUGAAUGUCGCUAUGGUUACUGCCAGCAGCUCUGUGCAAAUGUUCCUGGAUCCUAUUCCUGUACAUGCAACCCUGGUUUUACCCUCAAUGAGGAUGGAAGGUCUUGCCAAGACGUGAACGAGUGUGCAACUGAGAACCCCUGUGUGCAAACCUGCGUCAACACCUAUGGCUCUUUCAUCUGCCGCUGUGACCCAGGAUACGAGCUUGAGGAAGAUGGUGUUCACUGCAGCGAUAUGGACGAGUGCAGCUUUUCUGAGUUCCUCUGCCAGCAUGAGUGUGUGAACCAGCCUGGCACAUACUUCUGCUCCUGCCCUCCAGGCUACAUCCUGCUGGAUGACAACCGAAGCUGCCAGGACAUCAACGAAUGUGAGCACCGAAACCACACGUGCACCCUGCUGCAGACUUGCUACAAUUUACAAGGGGGCUUCAAAUGCAUCGACCCCAUCCGCUGUGAGGAAAAUUAUCUGCAGAUCAGUGAUAACCGCUGUAUGUGUCCUGCUGAGAAUCCUGGCUGCAGAGACCAGCCCUUUACCAUCUUGUUCCGAGACAUGGAUGUGGUGUCAGGACGCUCCGUUCCUGCUGACAUCUUCCAGAUGCAAGCAACGACCCGCUACCCUGGGGCCUAUUACAUUUUCCAGAUCAAGUCUGGGAAUGAAGGUCGAGAGUUCUAUAUGCGGCAAACGGGCCCCAUCAGUGCCACCCUGGUGAUGACACGCCCCAUCAAAGGGCCCCGAGACAUCCAGCUGGACUUGGAGAUGAUCACUGUCAACACCGUCAUCAACUUCAGAGGCAGCUCUGUGAUCCGACUGCGGAUUUAUGUGUCACAGUACCCCUUCUGAGCCCAGGGCUGCAGCCUCUGACACUGCCUCUCACCAGCACCAAGGGACAGGGGAAGAGAGGAAACAGGAGAAAGAACGAGAGCGAGCAAACGUUGCACCUUUCCUGCUGAACGUUUCCCAGAGGAGUUGGCUCCCCGAGUCUUAUUGCAGACCUGUCACUCAGAAGGACAUCCCACCCCUCUUCCUAUGAUGCAGUUAUUGAAACACAUUCUCAUUGGCCCCCUGAUGUGAGGUCAUUGGUGAUUCCUCAAGGCCUUCCGUUGAUUUCCAUCUUUUUCAAAGAAACUAGAUUAGGUUGGGGUCUGAGUCUAUGUUCGAAGACUGUGAACAGCUUCUCUUCCCUCUUCGGUUCCUUCCUUCUUUCUCUUGCUGCAUUGCUGCUUUGCCAAGGCCCUGAGAGAGCUUGUGGGGGACGCUGGGUAUAGCUAGUUUGCUUUUUGCAUGUCCUAAGAAGGCUAUGGAAACAAACCACAGCAGGAUCUAAGGGCUUUUAAAGAGUCUAUUUCAAAACCACGUCUGGUAUUUUCAGCCAUAAAAGAAGUUUUAGUUGUCCUUAAAUUUGUAUAACUGUUUAAUUCUUUCUUGUUCAUUUUGAGUAUUUUUUUUUUUUAAUAAGAGGUAGAAUUCCUACAAAAGACCUCAGACACAUACUAUGUUCUGUCUUCCCAAUCCCGGCCUCCUGUCCACAUCAGCCAAUGUUGUUUUUAUUUUUCUGUUUUGUUUGUUUUGUUUUGUUUUUAAGGACCCCUUAAUCAUGCUUUCUUUAGAAUUUUGACCUAACUGGGUUAGAAGACAGAAGUCUCCAAAAUGAUUAAAUAUUUGAAGAGA